GUCUUCCAACGACGUUUCGACGGCUCCGUAGAUUUUUACAGGACAUGGCUGGAGUACGAGGGUGGGUUCGGUGAUCUGAAGGGAGAGUUCUGGCUUGGAAACCGUUUCAUAAGUCAGUACACUUCCGGCAAGGGUAACUUCACGUUGAAGGUUAUCGCUGUGGCCUUUGACCUGACGAGGGCCUUUGCCUACUUGUACGACUUCAAAGUGGCUGAAAGUAGUUUGAAGUAUAUGAUUGGGUUUUCAUCGUGUGGCGGGAACUACACCAAUCCUUGCUCCAUUCAUAACAAUCAGGCAUUCUCGACUUGGGACAGGGAUAAUGAUGCCGUGUCGUACAACUGUGCCGUGACAUUCAAAGGUCCGGAUUUAUGCUUUAUUUUACUUUAA